AUGUCACGAAUAAGAAGACUUUCUAUUCGUGGUAUUCGUAAUUUUGGUGAUGAAAGCGAUGAAGCUUUGAUUCAAUUUUCUCGUCCUUUAACGCUUAUUCUUGGACCAAAUGGCACUGGAAAAACAACAAUUAUUGAAGCUCUUAAAUUUGCUACUUGCGGUGAAUUUCCACCCGGUUCAGAAAGAGGAAAGUUUUUUAUUCACGAUCCAACUCUAUUGGCGACUUCAUCGGUUCGAGGUGUUGUAAGGGCUGAAAUAGUUGAUGGAAAAGGUAAUUUAUAUACAAUAUGUAGAACAAUAGAAUCUACAAAAGGAAAUGUAACAAUGAGAUUUAAAACACUUGAUAGUGCUUUAAGCAGAAUAAAUAAAGGAACAAAAGAGAUAGUAUCAAUAACUAAUCGAUGUGCUAAUGUUGAUACAGAACUUACAUUAGCAAUGGGAGUUUCAAAACCUAUUUUAGAUUAUGUAAUCUUCUGCCAUCAAGAAGAUCUUAACUGGCCUUUUCAAGAUGGUAAAAAAUUAAAAGAAAAAUUUGAUGAGAUUUUUGAUAGUUGUAAAUUUAAUAAAGCACUUGAAAGUAUCAUGAAAUAUAUAAAAGAUUUAAAACAAAAAACAAGUAUAUUAAAAGAGCAAAAACAGAACUGUCAACUUGUUGUUAAUGAAGUUGUUGAUAAAGAAACAAGACUUGAAGAUAAUAAAAAACGAUUGGAAAGUUCUAAAGUUAAGAUUGAAGAACUUAAUAAAGAAUUAGAACCUAUAAAUGAAAAAAUUAAAAAAUUGGAGAAAGUAACUGCUGAUUAUAAAGAUCUACAAAAUGAAGAAGAGAAAAAGAUGUCAGAAUAUACCAUGUUUAAACAACAAUUGGAUAGAUUAAAAGAAGAUUUACAGUAUGUGUUUGAAGGAACUACAGAAGAAUUAUUAACACAAUUAGGGGCAUAUAAUGAAAUAUUAAUAAAAAAAGUUGAAAAAAUUGCAGAGUUUGAAGAAAAAUUGAAAAAUAUUGCUGAAGAUGAGUCUAGAAUAUCAAAUAAUUUAUCUGCUUGGAAUCUUGAUGCUGCUAAUUCAAAUGUAUCAGAAUUAGAGGUCUUAGCUCUUACUAAAAGGUUGACAGAAAAGAUGAGAGAACUAGAGCAUAAAACAGAAGAGAAUAGAAUGAAAAGAGAUGAAGAAGAAAAAGAAUUGCAAAAAGUAAUAGAUACUUUACGUAGCACACAUUCAAAAUUAGAUUCAGAGAAAGAUCUGAAAGAAAAUGAAGUAAUUGAAACAAGGAAAGAAGUUAAUAAAAUAACAUUAGAUAUUAAGCAGCUUAGUGCAGCAGGAAAUAAAUUAAAUUCCAUUGAUUUAAAAAUAAAAGAAGCACAGGCAAAAAUCCAACAACUGAAUCAAGAAUUGGAUGUAAAUACAGUGAAUAAACAAGUUGCUGACAAAAUUAAAACCCGAAAUAAAAUGGAAACAUUACUAAAUACAGUUGAUGAAGAAAUAGCUUUAUUAUUAAAACAAAGUUCAUUGCAAGCCGAAUUAGAAUUAAAUAAAUCUACAUUACUUACUAAAGAAGAAGAAAUAGAAAAAUUGAAAAAUAAACACAAAGAAAAAAUAAUGAUUUUAUUAGAUAUUAAAGAAAUACCCCAAACUAAAUUAAAAAGUAAUCUAGAUAUGGUUCAAAAAGAAAUGGCAAAUGAAAUAGAAUCCAUUAAUCAAGAAAUUUUAACAGAGGAACGUCAAAUAACUACAUUGGAAACAACAAUAUUACAUACUGAACAUGAACUUCAAAACAAGAAAAAAGAAGUAAAUUUGAAUAAAGAAAAAAUUUCAUCAAUCUGUCACUACAAAAAUUUUGAUGAAAAAUUAUUAUUACAAUCAAAAAAAGUAAAAGAUCUUCAAGAUAAAAGGGGAGUAUAUGCUCAUCAGGGAGCAGCUUAUAAAGAGUAUAUAAAACAGUUGAAAGAAAUAAAUCCUUGUUGUCCUCUGUGUCAUAGAGGUUUCGAUGAACGUGAAACUGUUAUAAAUUUAUUACAAGAAAUGGAAAGUGAAAUGGAAAAUCAUCCAAAUCGUUUACAUGAAUGUGAAAAAGAAUUAAAAACACAACAAGAAAUAUAUGAUAAGAUGUUGCAGUUAAAACCAGUUGUUGAAAAAAUAAUACAGUCAGAAGAGAUUGAAUUAAAGAAAUUAACGAAUGAUUUAGAAGUGUUAAAAAAUAAAUUGAAUAAAUCUCGAACAACUUUACUAGAAUUAAAAACAAAAAGAUCUAAUCCAGAAAAUAAAUUAAGAAUAUGCAAAGAUAUCAUAGGUGAUAUUAUAUUAUGGGAUACAUAUAUAGAUGAAACUUUUAAACUUAAACAAACAAUUGAUAAUCUUCAUACUCGUAUGAUUGAAGCAGGUAUUAAAACGAAACGUAGCCUUGAAGAAACUCAAACCCAAAGAGAAGAGUUGAAAAUGUCUUUAAAAAAUAUUCGUGAUGAUAUUGAAAAAUUACAAUCUAGAAUAAAUACACAUAAUGAAAACUUACAUAGUGUUCGGGAAGAACAGAAUGCAUUACAUGAAGAAUUGUUAAAAAUACGAUCAGACAUGCAAAAAUUAAAAGAGUUGAAGGAUAAACAGGAAGUUUUAUAUUUAAAAGAAAUUUCUCUUGGAAAAUCAGUUGAUACGUUACGAGAAAAAGUGGUUACAGCAGAAACUAAAUUAAAUUCAAAAUUUGAUGAAUUGGAAAGAAAAAAGAAAAAUAAUUGGGAGGAACAAGAAAUAGAUAGGAAAUUGAUAGCAGAAGGAGUUAGACGUUUAUCUGAAUUACAGAAAGUGCAGGAUGAGGUUGAUGCUUUUACAUAUCGUAAAAUUCCAGAAUCUUUAGAAUGCUCUGAAUCAAAAAUAAAAAAUUAUGAAAAAUUACUUAAUAAACUGCUUCAUGAGAAAGGUGAUAUAGAAACAAUGAUAAGUAAUUCAAAAGAAGAAAUUAGUCGUCAAGAAGUUCGGAAAAGGGAAUUAUCCGAUAAUCUCACAUUACGAAAAACUCAGGAAACAGUUAGUAACGUACAUCAAAAAUAUUUAAGUAUAAAAGAAAGAUUAAAUGCUAUAAAUUAUUCUCAAGCACUUAACGAAUGGGAGAAUUUACGAAGUCGAGAACAAGCUAUACUCCGCCAGAAAAAUAUGAUUAAAGGAAGUCAAGAAGAAUUAGAAAGAACAGUACAGCAUUAUACUGAAGUAUUAAAGAAGCAAGAAUACAGACAAGCUCGUAAAAAUUACAAAAACAAGUGCAUCGAACUAACGGUUGUAGAAGAAACGAUAUUAAACUUAAAAGCAUAUAGCAAAGUGCUAGAUGUAGCUAUGAUAGAAUAUCAUGAAGAACGUAUGGCCACAGUUAAUAAAAUCAUGAAACAGAUGUGGAAGCUUGUAUAUACUGGAACAGAUACAACAUGCAUAGCAAUUCGCACAGAUGCUACUGAAGGGAUAGGUAGCAUAAGAAGAACAUAUAAUUACAAAUUAGUGCAAAUAAAAUAUGGACAUGAAAUAGAUAUGAAAGGUCGUUGUAGUGCGGGUCAAAAAGUUUUAGCAUCAAUAAUUAUAAGACUCGCAUUAGCAGAAACAUUUUGUAAGGAUUGUGGAAUUCUAGCAUUGGAUGAACCAACAACAAACUUGGAUCAAGAAAAUGCUGAUAGUCUAGCAAAUGCUUUGGCUACGGUUGUUAAAUUACGAUCACAAUAUCAAAAAAAUUUUCAAUUAAUCGUUAUUAGUCACGAUGAGAAAUUUUUAUUCAAGUUAGCUGAAUUGAGCAGUAAUAAAGGCUUUUACCAACUUUAUCGCAAACAGACCGGUUAUACAGGAAUUAAACAUUGUUUAGUGAAAAAUCAAGAUUAUUUUACGUCAAAUAAUACAAAAGAAGACUCAUCGUCUGAUGAUGAAAUUAACGAACAUUCUAAGUUACAAGAUAAAUUACACUCUUCAACAAAUUUACAACAGGAAAUACAUAAUGAACAAACGAAUAAAAAAAGAAGACAUGUUUGGAAUACUGAUAAUAAGGAUUCCACUGAAAACAAACCUUCAAAAAGAAGAUAUGUCUUCCAAUAA